UAUAUAUAUAUAUAUAUAUAUAUAUAUAUAACAAUGUUUCAGGUUUUAAAUGUAGUACUACACUUUGGUUUUUUUAAUUUACUGUAAGGUUAUUUCAAUGCACUUGCUCUGUAAAAUGUUAAUAUUUUAUGCUAAGUCCGAAUAGGUUUUUGUUUUAUUUACAAAGGGAACCAAACCAUCUGUGUAUUUAUGCACACGCGCACAGGCUCCUUUAUGAGCUGUCCAGGGUUCUGAAAAAAUAAAUUUGUAUAAAUAACGAAAAAUUAUUUUAACAAAUCGAAUCGUGAUUUAUGCCACACGUUUUUACAGCUGUCAUGUAAGCUGCCUCUUUAAUAAAUAAAUAAAUAAAAUUUUGCUUAUUUCUGUGAAAUAUGUAUGUUUGAAAAUUUUAAACUGGAGAUUUAAAUGUGCUAACUUUUGUCUCAGUAUUAAUUAAAGGCCUUAAUAUAGACAUCGUGGUUAUUAAACCUGUUAACAAUGAGUUGUGAUGCUUAAUUAAAGCAAACCCACGUGACUGCAGGUCUCUCCUCCUGGCAUAAGAACAGGUGGUCGCAGUGGGGUUUAACUCAGACACGCACUGUGAUUGUAAACAGUACUAAGCCUAUUUGACUUUUCUUGUCAUUCAUCCCAUCCACAAGUUUUCUUUGACGAUAUCGAAAUCUUUGUGUAUAUUAUAUAGUUAUCUUAGCUAGUUUAUAGACGGUCGUCUUAUAGUUAUCAGGGGAGUGUGAGAUUAAAGCAGCGGUACUCAUGAAGGUGGAGGGAGAGAUGGGGAGCGGUGGCGCAGCGGUGUCCGGUGCGCGCGGUGGCAACGACUGCUGUAUAACCCGACUGCUGAACGUCGUAGAGAGCGAGUUACAGGCCGGGAGGGAGAAAGGAGAUCCUACUGAAAAACAACUUAAAGUUGCGCUGGAGGAUGCUGAACUCUGGAGGAAAUUCAAAGAAGUCACGAAUGAGAUGAUUGUGACCAAGAACGGCAGGAGGAUGUUCCCAGUCCUGAAGGUCAGUGUUACUGGUCUAGAUCCUAAUGCAAUGUACUCCUUCCUCUUGGACUUCAGUCCUGCAGAUGGCCACCGAUGGAAGUACGUAAACGGCGAGUGGGUACCUGCGGGCAAACCCGAACCUCACAGCCACAGCUGUGUGUACAUCCACCCCGACUCCCCCAACUUCGGUGCGCACUGGAUGAAGGCUCCAGUGUCAUUCAGCAAAGUCAAACUCACCAACAAACUCAGUGGAGGUGGCCAGAUUAUGCUGAAUUCUCUUCACAAGUAUGAGCCACAAAUUCACAUUGUUCGCGUGGGAGGAAACCACAGAAUGGUGACCAACAUCUCUUUCCCAGACACGCAGUUCAUCGCUGUAACUGCCUACCAGAAUGAAGAGAUAACCGCACUGAAGAUAAAACACAACCCUUUUGCGAAAGCGUUCCUUGAUGCUAAGGAAAGAAGCCAUCCCAAGAAUUUAGAACCUCAAGGCGAAAACCCGCACAUGGGCAUACCACACUGUGGAUGGUUCAUAUCAAACCCAGAGACGCUGUGCUCUGCUGGUGGUGGCAACUUUCCAUACACUGGGGGUUUACCGCUAACCCCCCACCAUGGGUACAAACACUACCCGAGUCUGCAUGGGCACAGAGCAGCACCGUACCCAUCACCCUAUCUGCCUCGCCACCAUCAUCACUGUGCUCAACACUCAGUGUCUCUAUCUGAGAACCGGAGUCCAAGUGCGGUGCAAGUGUUUUCUGGUCACGAAAGCUGGACAGGUGUGUCUCCUCCUGGUCCUUCUGCGAUGUUAUCCAUGCAGCCUGCUCCAAGCCCGUCUGGAGCCAGCAGUCAGUAUCCAUGCCUGUGGACUGUGAGCAGUUGCACUGUGUCAUCCAGUCCUGCAGGGGGCACUGCGAGCACCACGCACACUCAGGAGGAGCCUGCAGAUGACGGCUCCUCCUCCACAUCGCCAUGUUCGUUACUGCAGGGUCACAGACCAACCGGCGCCGAGGGUGCUGUCGAACAAGCCAAUCACAAUAGGGUGGGUGGGGUGAGCUGGUCCUCUGUAACCACCCACUCGUUUUAAAUGCUCUCAUUAAACUUAAAAAGAGGAAUGCAAGAUACGUAAACGACCCUGUCCCAAAUGAUUUCUUAGCCAUUCGUCCCAAUCCAAUGUGGGUCUGGAAACAAUGUCGGCCAGUGGGACACCUUACUGUCCCACAGACAGGUUAAAGACAUUUUGCAAAUGCAGCAUUUAGGACAGGGCCAUCUUUAAAGGUUUAAAGGUGUAGUGAAGCAGUAAAAUUCCAAAUUGAAACUAACACCUUAGUCCACAGCUCACCCCUCCCUUUCGAAAUGCAUAGAGAAGCUACAGUAGCCACCACAGGACAAACAUGUCAUAGUCUAAGAGUAACAAAAUGUGCUCUGUAGAGCAGUUUGUCCGUUUAGGGCUACUAUAGAAACAUGGCGGGGCAAAAUAGCGACAUCUAUCUAAGGGGACCCGCGGCGUAUGCAGAUAAAAACGGCUCAUUCUAAGGUUAUAAAAACAAAACGGUUCAUUAUGUAAGGUCUUUAUACACCACUGAUAAUAUAUAGUUAUGUAUAUUAUAUUGCAUUUCUGUCAAGAGAUCGUCCUAUAACUUACACAGUGCACCUUUAAGUCAAAGAGAAGAAAAUUCUGUCAAUAUUGAGCUCCUGUGGGCGCCCAAAAUCUCUCAUUUAUCUCCUUAUUCGUAUUUGCUUAGCUUAACUACAACUGUGGUAGAACUCAGCAAUUAGGCUUCUGUAAAUGAUUAGCCUAGUUAAUCAAUUAAACUUCACUUUGGCAUUUGUAACACGGCAGAGUUUUGGCAGGCAGAGUGCUUUCAUGCUUACCUGGUCCUUUACCUCUUGUACAAACAGACGCACACAUUACAUUCACACAUUCAAAGACAAAAACACAAACACAUUACGGCUGCAUUUACACGACACUACAGAUACAUGCACACGUGCACUGCUACACUUUCUCCAAAAGCGGCCUCCACUUACCUGCAGUUAUUUUUCUGCAUAAAAAGAUAGGCAAUUAUUCCCCCAUCAUAUUUCUCCGCUCUUGAAAAUGUUAUUUUAAUCGUGGCGGUAGAGUGGACCGCUCUGUUGUUUUCACGUGCGUGUAAUGGAAUAAUGACAGCUGUCCGGUGAAUGGGGCUUUGGCAUGAGUUUAGGACACUCUGGGCAUGCAGUAGAUACUCAGUAGUUUUUUGUCACACAUACAAAUGGCGUCAGAAAAGACCAUAGCAAUGUUCU